AUGUCAUCUGCUUCAGAUUUAGCAAAAGCUCAAUAUUUAUUGAAGCUACUGGGAAAACGAAGGGUUCAAGUAACAACAGAGAUUGAAGAGGAUAGUUCACAAUUUGAUUUGAUGAUAGAUAUGACUGAAAACGGUACAAAUUUUGAAGAAGAGCUACUUACAGCAACAACUGAAGAACAAAAAAGAACUGAAGAUACUGUGAAGGGAAUUUAUGAUGAUUUAAUUGAAGAAGGUAGAGUGCCACAUUUACUCAAAGAUAAACAUGAGAAAUAUUUAAAUGCUGCACUAGGUCAAUUACCACCUGCCUUCAAGGGACUUGAUGCUUCGCAGCCUUGGAUUUAUUAUUGGGUUAUAAACUCCAUGAAAUUAUUACAAUUGGAAGUAUCACAAGAUGUUAAAGAUCAAACAGCUCGCAAACUUUUAGGUUUACAGCAUAAAGAUGGUGGGUUAGGUGGUGGUGUUGGUCAAAUAGGACAUGCUGCUGCUACGUACGCGGGAACUUUAGCUUUGACCUUAUUAGAAGAUGAGGAAACUUGGAAUAAGAUUAAUCGUGAUCAGUUGUAUAAAUGGCUAUUAUCUAUCAAACAAGAUGAUGGUUCUUUUGUCAUGCAUCUUGGUGGUGAAAAGGAUACAAGAGCUGUUUAUUGUGCCUUGGUUAUUGCUAGUCUUUUUGAUCUUUUAACUCCAGAGCUAACCAAAGGUACAGCCGAAUGGCUUGCUAAAUGUCAAACGUAUGAAGGUGGUUUUGGUGGUGUACCAUAUGAUGAAGCACAUGGUGGUUAUACUUUCUGUGGUGCAGCCGCUCUUGUAAUACUAGGUAAAGAUGUAUUCACAAAGACAAUUAAUGUUGAAAAAUUGGUUAAAUGGACAGUUGUUAGACAGUUAAGACUUGAAGGUGGAUUCUCAGGUCGUUCAAAUAAAUUAGUUGAUGGAUGCUAUAGUUUCUGGGUUGGUGGACUAAUACCCAUCUUUGAUAUCUUCUUAGAUCAUGAAACAGCUUCAAGAGCAGGAUUACAAAACUAUAUAUUAGGUUGUUGUCAAAAUGAGCAAAUGGGUGGAUUAAGAGAUAAACCUGGGAAAUAUCCUGAUUUUUAUCAUACAAAUUAUGUUCUUCUUGGAUUAACAGUGGUACAAAACAAAUUCAAAUCUGAUGAUUUUACGCCUUAUACCAUAUCUAGUGAACCAAGUGAUCAUUCAGUUGUUUCAGUGGAAGGUUGUGAUAAAUUAGAUACCAUCAAUCCAAUAUUUGGUCUUCCUAAAGGUUACGCUGAAAGAUUUCACUCCUUUUUCGCCACAAAAACAAAAUAA